CAAGUACGGAGCUCGGACCGUUGUACUGGGGCAGUAAAUAGGAAAAAUACUGUUGGGUAGCUUCUUCGGAGCAAGAAACGGGGUAUUUUCAUAGUGCAAUGUAAUCUAGACAUUCCGUCAGUUUGCAAAUCGAACUCUGUCUACAAUAUAGGGAAGAGUUCUGGUUUUCUUUUGAAUAAUAAACACCCCAAAUGAACUCCGUCAGAGCUACCAACCGGAGACCCAGGCGAGUGUCGAGGCCGCGCCCGGUACAACCGGAAAGAAACAACCAGGAGAGAGAUGAGGACGUUCCUGCCGACAUGGUUGCAGAAGAAUCAGGUCCAGGAGCACAGAAUAGCCCAUACCAGCUUAGAAGAAAAUCUCUGUUACCCAAGAGAACUGCGUGCCCAGCCAAGGCCAGCAUGGAGGGUGCUUCCACAUCAGCCACAGAGAACUUUGGCCAUCGAGCCAAACGAGCCAGGGUGUCAGGGAAAUCACCAGACCUUCCAGCUGCUCCAGCAGAACAGUACCUCCAGGUGAAGCUUCCAGAUGAGGUGGUGCUGAAGAUCUUCUCCUACCUCCUGGAGCAAGACCUGUGUCGAGCUGCCUGUGUGUGCAAGCGCUUUAGUGAAUUGGCCAAUGACCCCAUCCUUUGGAAGAGACUCUAUAUGGAGGUGUUUGAGUACACUUGGCCCAUGAUGCAUCCCGAGUCUGGAAAGUUCUAUCAGAUUAACCCUGAGGAGCAUGAGCAGCCCAACCCCUGGAAGGAGAGCUUUCAGCAGUUGUAUAAAGGAGCACACGUAAAGCCGGGGUUUGCUGAAUACUUCUACGGUAAUCCAACCAGGUAUAAAGGGAGGGAAAAUAUGCUGUAUUACGACACCAUUGAAGAUGCCUUGGGAGGGGUCCAGGAGGCCCACUUUGACGGGCUGAUAUUUGUCCACGCAGGGAUCUACACAGACGAGUGGAUCUAUAUAGAGUCACCCAUCAUUAUGAUUGGAGCGGCCCCUGGUAAAGUGGCUGAUAAAGUGAUAAUCGAGAACACUAGAGAUUCAACAUUUGUGUUCAUGGAGGGCUCAGAGGAUGCCUAUGUAGGCUACAUGACUAUAAAAUUCAACCCUGAUGACAAGUCAGCUCAGCACCACAAUGCUCAUCACUGCUUAGAGAUAACAGUCAACUGCAGCCCAAUCAUAGACCACUGCAUCAUUCGCAGCACUUGUACUGUGGGUUCAGCAGUUUGUGUAAGUGGUCAGGGGGCAUGUCCAACCAUCAAGCACUGUAACAUCAGUGACUGUGAAAAUGUUGGACUCUACAUCACUGACCAUGCACAGGGCAUCUACGAAGAUAAUGAGAUAUCCAAUAAUGCUCUGGCUGGGAUUUGGGUGAAAAACCAUGGCAACCCCAUCAUCCGAAGGAAUCACAUUCACCAUGGCAGAGAUGUGGGAGUCUUCACUUUCGAUCACGGCAUGGGCUACUUUGAGAGCUGCAACAUCCACAGAAACAGGAUUGCCGGCUUUGAGGUGAAGGCUUAUGCUAACCCCACUGUGGUUCGCUGUGAGAUCCACCAUGGCCAGACAGGUGGCAUUUACGUGCACGAGAAGGGUCGGGGACAAUUCAUCGAAAACAAGAUCUAUGCAAACAAUUUUGCGGGCGUGUGGAUUACCUCAAACAGCGAUCCCACCAUUAGGGGUAAUGCCAUCUUCAAUGGCAACCAGGGUGGGGUUUACAUUUUCGGUGAUGGUCGAGGACUCAUUGAAGGAAAUGAUAUCUAUGGUAAUGCCUUGGCCGGAAUCCAGAUCCGGACAAACAGCUGCCCCAUUGUCCGACACAACAAGAUCCAUGACGGCCAGCACGGGGGCAUAUAUGUACAUGAGAAAGGACAGGGUGUGAUUGAGGAGAACGAGGUGUACAGUAAUACGCUGGCAGGUGUGUGGGUGACGACAGGUAGCACACCUGUACUGCGUAGGAACAGGAUACACAGUGGCAAACAGGUCGGCGUUUACUUCUAUGAUAAUGGCCACGGGGUACUGGAGGACAAUGACAUCUACAAUCACAUGUACUCUGGAGUCCAGAUUCGAACUGGCAGCAACCCCAAAAUCAGACGGAACAAGAUCUGGGGUGGGCAGAAUGGAGGCAUUCUUGUUUACAACUCUGGGUUGGGUUUCAUUGAGGACAAUGAGAUCUUCGAUAACGCCAUGGCAGGAGUUUGGAUCAAGACAGACAGUAACCCCACACUCCGCAGGAAUAAAAUCCACGACGGCAGAGAUGGAGGGAUCUGUAUAUUCAACGGAGGAAGAGGAGUCUUGGAGGAGAACGACAUAUUCCGGAAUGCCCAGGCUGGAGUUCUCAUCAGCACCAACAGUCACCCAAUCUUACGCAAGAACAGGAUAUUCGACGGCUUUGCUGCAGGUAUUGAGAUCACAAAUCAUGCCACUGCAACUUUGGAAGGCAAUCAGAUUUUUAACAACCGCUUUGGCGGCUUGUUUCUCGCAUCUGGUGUCAAUGUGACAAUGAAAGAUAACAAAAUAAUGAACAAUCAAGAUGCCAUUGAAAAAGCCGUGAGUCGGGGUCAGUGCCUGUACAAGAUAUCCAGUUAUACCAGCUAUCCAAUGCACGAUUUUUACAGGUGUCACACCUGUAACACAACAGACCGAAAUGCAAUUUGUGUGAACUGCAUUAAAAAGUGCCACCAAGGACAUGAUGUAGAGUUUAUUAGGCAUGAUAGGUUUUUCUGUGACUGUGGGGCUGGGACAUUGUCAAAUCCUUGUACACUAGCUGGCGAGCCAACCCAUGACACAGACACACUGUAUGAUUCAGCUCCUCCUAUAGAGUCAAAUACACUGCAGCACAACUGAACAGGAGCUCCGCUGGGCAAGCCCACCCACCCCAAACUCAGAGACUCCAAUGCGUUCAGCUCCGAGGAGUGGACAUUACGAGCUAGAAAUACUUCAAUUAAAUUUGAAAGGACAUUUAAAAAAAAAAAAGUCAACUUGGACAAUGCAAGCCGAAGAGAGGUUUCUAUUUAAACAAAAAAAAAAAAAGUGAAAAUGUUAUGGUGUGGACACGAUGCCCCCAAUUCCCUUUCUUUUCUUGCAACUGGUUAAAUAAGAGAUUAAUACUAAAUAUGAUGUCGGGCACAGAAUUGCAGCAGAAAUACGAGGCCUCAGGUUUGAUGGGAAUCACAAGAGUGAGCAGGUGAGAGACUUGGGCAGUCAUUUCCACCAGAGGAGAGUCCAGACUGCAGUUCUGUACAGACCCUAUAUGGAUCCACACGCUCAGAGCCAUAAGAGAGAGACGGGUGUUCUACAACUGGAAGCUGAGAACAGUCUCACUGCUUCCUCUAGUGCCUGUCUCCAGGCAACUGUCGCUAUGGUAGUAUAUAU